UCUAUACAUUAAAGUCAACAUGGAAUAUUUGUCGUGCAUUUAACAUUUGGUUAUAUAACAUAUUUCUGAGUGAAACAGGAUCAGAAAAAGUAAGCAGGACUGGAUUGCGUUCUUUAGAAAUUGACCGAUUUACAUAUGACCUUACAUUUCAUUUAAAGUUUACAUUUGAUCUGUUCGUGCAGCGAAGUAAGUGUAAGUGAGCGAUCACAUGACCUUACCAGUUACAGGAAUAGAUGGCAUUAGCCGCAAAGUGUUUCGCGCUGAAAUUCUACGCAGAAACCGAUCGUUCACAAUAAGGCCGUGAAUGAGGUUUCUUGUUGUCUUCUUGCCGUCUGCGUACUCGUAGCUUGCGCUUCGAAUGUGUCUGUGUCUGGGAAAAUGGGUCAAACUUGGACGUGCGGUCGAACUGAAAAAUACAUCAAAUGCAUCACAUCUCUGCAGCGUGAAAAGCUUAUUAACAGCAGGUCACGCAAACGAUCCGUCUGCUCUCGUAUAUCAAUACGUGUCUGUCCGGAGCGGCCCGUGGCCCGCAGGCUGGGCAUUUGUUGUUGUUGAUGUUGAGAGUGCAUGUGUUUUUUUACAUAACGUACUAUGAGGAGAAGCUGUCCAAUCGCUGACCAGCAGACCCAGUAGUAGCCUAGUUACUGUAAUAACCUGGUGGUGCGACGCCAGACCACUUCGGUGAAAGUUAGCGAGAGUAGAAGCUCACCGUAGGUGUCUGUGUGUGCUUUAGGCGUCCGGCCAUGAUCGGUCAGCGUGUGUCAGACAGCCUGCGCAGACGCUGGACGUCUGCCGCCUGGAUCCUCUCCUGUCUGCUGGCAUCCUUCUUACUGAUCGCCGUCAGCUUCCUUCAAACCGGAGAUAUCAAACUCCAGCGAAGAUCGGUUUCCGCCAACGCAAACGCGUCAGCGGCAGCGCAGUCUCAAGGUGAGCUGCGUUUAGUGAACGGCAGGAACCGCUGCGAGGGGCGCGUGGAGGUGCUUCACAACGGGACGUGGGGGACGGUGUGUGACGACGACUGGGACAUGGUGGACUCUUACGUGGUUUGCCGGCAGCUGGACUGCGGGGUGGCCGUGGCCGUGGGGACUAGCUCCAAGUUCGGCCAGGGCUCCGGGCCCAUCCUGCUGGACAACGUGGACUGUAGAGGAGAAGAGACGGACCUGAGCCAGUGCGGGAAUCAGGGAUGGGGCGUCCAUAACUGCUACCACUACGAAGACGUGGCCGUCACCUGCAAAGGCAACAGUGUGGUUGAACCUCGAAACCUGGAGCCCACCACACCUUCCCGUCUCAUCUCUGCUUUAGGGGACGGAUCGGUGCGUCUGGCGGGGGCCUCGGACCGCUGUCAGGGCCGGGUGGAGGUCUACUAUCAGGGCAGCUGGGGGACGGUGUGUGAUGACGACUGGAGCUUGGCGGACGCUGCGGUCGUGUGUCAGCAGAUGGGCUGCGGGACGGCCCUGGGCGCUCCGACGAACGCUUACUUCGGCUACGGCACCGGCCUGAUUCUGCUGGACAACGUGAACUGUCACGGGCACGAGAGCAGCCUGGCCGGCUGUUACAGCCUCGGCUGGGGGGUUCAUAACUGCGGCCAUCACGAGGACGCCGGGGUCAUCUGCUCAGGGGCCAGCUCCACCAUGGUCCCAGUAAUCAACACGGAGACUAUAGGUCGGGGCUUCUUCCUCCCUGAAAGCACAGCAGUGACAGAAAUGCCAGUGCCUGUACAGCGUGAAACGGUAACCACGGUGAUCACUACAGCCUCAACAACAAAAGAGAAGCCGAGCAUCCGUCUGGUGAACGGCCUCAACGGCUGUCAGGGCCGAGUGGAGGUGCUCUACUUCACCGUCUGGGGCACGGUGUGCGACGAUGACUGGGACAUGGAAAACGCUCUGGUGGUCUGCAGACAGAUGGGAUGCGGGGCGCCGAUCGCAGCCAAGUCUCUGGCUUACUUCGGCUACGGCUCCGGCCCCAUACUGCUGGACAACGUGGACUGCAGCGGCAGCGAGCAAAAGCUGUCCGACUGCUUCAACCUGGGCUGGGGUCAGCAUAACUGCGGCCAUUACGAGGACGCCGGGGUCAUCUGCGCACCGCCUUCGGACCUUAACGCAGCCGGAAGAGACUUUGGCUUCGGAAUCACCGAGAAACCUACAACUUCAAUAGCGACUACGACCACAACUCCAGCAGACGGGGCCCUCCGGCUCAUUGGGGGCCUGAUGCUCUGCGAGGGCCGUGUGGAGGUGUUCCUGAGAGGAGAAUGGGGGACCGUGUGCGACGACGCCUGGGAUCUGGCGGACGCCAAGGUGGUGUGCAGGCAGAUGGGCUGCGGCCUGCCCAAAGCCGCCCAGGGCAUGGCCCACUUCGGCCCCGGCAGCGGCCCCAUCCAGAUGGACAAUCUGAAGUGCACAGGCACAGAAGCGGCUCUCACUCAGUGCUCUCACAUAGCGUGGAACGUCCACAACUGUGACCAUUCAGAGGACGCCAGCGUCACGUGUGCGCUCUGAUGACCCCGCCCACCCCACGGGCCACGCCCCCCGCCGCCGCAGGCCACACCCACCAAGAGUUUCCAGGACUUGUAUAAAUGUUGUACAUAACACCUCACGCCAAACCUGACGAGGAGCUUUAAAGGACGAAAUAGUCAUUGGGUGUGAAACGAGAAAAAUAAAUUAUGCUAUAUAAAUAACUGUAAUAAAUAUUAUGAAUGAUAAUUCUAAUUAUGCACUUUAUAAACUAUAAGAAUGUGUACACAUAGGUGAAUAAAUAUAUUUUAAACUAUCGAUAUACAGUGGAUACCAAAGUUUUAGACUCUUUUUAGUCUGUCAUUUUGAUUGCAAGCACCAAAUUUAUUACGCCAUACAAAAACCUACGUACUGUACUUUUCCCGUUUGAUUCUACUGGAUCUGUUUCCUGAAAACGUAAAGCGUAAAAUACGUCUAUUUUAAAUACUGGAAGACUGUUGUGUUGCAUGUCUUAAAAAGGUAAGAGAGCAGAUCUUUGCAUUUUGCCGAACGAACAAUAUGCUUCAUUAUUCAAGCGAAAAAUAAUAAUAAUAAUCUGGCUUGUUCUGAGGACCUUUUUGAUUGGGAAAAAAAAUAUUCAAUUUUUUUUUUUGAGUAGACGAACGGAAUAACAAUUAAUGGGAUAUAAGGAAUAUCGCAUUCCAUCGAGGAAACAAAAAACACAUCGUUGGUCUAAAUGCAUAACCUCUUAGUAUAUUAGGUGGUUAUUUUAUGAGAAAUUUGGGGCAAAAUUGAUGCAAAGAUAUUUUAUAAAUAAUAUAUAAUUGCACAUUUGAUAUCCUAAAUUUAGAAAGAAGAAAAAAGUCAAGAAAAAGAAGUCAAUUGAUGAAAUGCAUUUGAUGUAACUUUUUACUGUACAGACUUUCCUGAAAUAUUGGAGUGAAACAAUGUUUUUCGAUACGUAGGGAAAUAAAACUAUGAAUCUCUUAUUAUUAA